GAACAUCUCCGCUAUUCUAAAUAAGUCUAUGUUUCUCAAUGGCUUGGUGGUACGGUUGCCGCUGCGAACAACGCAAUGGAUGGUAUUCAACUUGGCUGUGAUCCGCGUUAUUUGUAUUCGCCAGAACCCAUCAACCAAACGGAAUCGGACGGAAACAUCAUUCAACCGAGAACGUACAUUGGGACUGGGCAGUGCGCUCUUUAUACAGGUGCCUCAAUGCAAUACACUUCGGUGGAUGCAUGCGCCAGUCAAGAGGAAGGCGCAUGCCUAGCAGGAUUCAGUGCUGAUGUCGAAGCAGGUCAUCAAUUUGGAGAGGCUUUCGUCGCACUGGGUCUGCCAGGAAGCUAUCUUACGGAAGGCAACGUCUUUCUUGGUCACUAUCGUGGCCGCGAGUUGAUCAAUGCGAUGCGACUGAAAAGUUCCCCACAAGAUCUUAAACACCUUGGCUUUAAUUUGGGCUUCGCCGUACUAUUGACAAAGCUUGUUCGUGAGCCCGAGAUAUCUAUCAAGCAAGCAAUUGGCUCCGAUAUGGAUAGGAGCUCAGAGGUUAACCAAAACGUCCCUCGUUUCAACAGCUGGAACGUACUCGCGUCUAGUUCGAUGUGGUUCGACAACGAUUACCGAGGCAUAGUAAUGAUUUUGGACCAAGCGUUGGAUAUAGGUGGGGUCACCUAUUUGAAGGAUCAGUGGGGUCACGUUGGGAGCUUCUUUGGAUACAGGUGA